ACAUGUAAGGAUCAAUUCACCGUCAAAGAGCAAUGGUGAUACUGUAGUGCCAUGCUUCAGUAGCGCCAGUUACUUGUUCGGAAGAUCCGUAGGAGGCUAUCUUGGCAAGGUCUGUGGUGGUGCCGUAAUGUUCCCAUCCUCUGCUUUGACAACGAGGGCGCCAGAGUGAAUCCUGAUUGGUUACAUCGCGUAGCCAACGGCUGCAUGAUGCGACAUGACACAGUAACCGCGUACCUGAUGGCGCUGCUGACGGUAGGAUUCCUGGUGGUUGAACACGACGCCGCGGUGUUCCUAGGACAAGAAACUGACUUCGCCUUGACGGAUGAAGACACGAGUGGACGAGAGACUGACCGUGCUUUGAUGGAUGAAGACACGAGUGGACGAGAAACUGACCACGCCUUGACGGAUGAAGACACGAGUGGACGAGAAACUGAUCACGCCUUGAUGGAUGAAGACACGAGUGGGCAAGAGACUGACCGUGCUUUGAUGGAUGAAGACACGAGUGGACGAGAAACUGAUCACGCCUUGAUGGAUGAAGACACGAGUGUGUCAGACCAGAUAACGCAGCUGACUCGAGGUUUGCAUGCGUGUGCAAACAACGAAGACAUGGACUGCUUCUUGGAGUAUUUCGCCGACGAUGUGCGUGAGAUGUGGGAAGACCAGCCAGAUCAGAUCGGGAAGGACGCCCUCCAGUUAGACGUGACCUAUACUACUGAGGAGGUGAUACCUACUGAUGCGGCAGCCACUCAUGUGGUCCAGCGUGCGAAUUAGAUCGACAUGAAAGACGACGAUAGAGCU